CCCCCCCACGGCGUGGCCUGCGUCUCGCUCUGGCCUGGCCUCGUGCGCACCGAGGCGGUGCUGAAGGAGGCCGAGGGCUCGGGGCCUUGGGCCGGGCAGCUGCAGACCAUGAUGGUUACUUCAGAGAGCCCCGAAGCCAGCGGCAAGUGUGUGGUGGGCCUGGCCUCCGAUCCCGCCCUCAUGAGCCACAGCGGCAAGGUGCUGCUCACCCCAGAUCUCGCCCGCCGCUACCGCUUCCGUGACGUGGACGGGAGACCUGUUUACAACUACGUAUCGGUGCGCAAUCUGCUCGUGAUGCUGAUGCCAGGGCUGUCCUGCCUGUUCCGCCUCAUCCCAGAGUGCAUCAGUAUACCCAAAUGGGCUCUCGCGCUUUACUCCAGCAAAUUCUCUGUCUACCAACCCCUGCAACCAGCCCCUAAGCCUGAGAAAAAAGUUGGAUAAAUUCACAAUAAAAAAUGUGCUCAUGAUGAUGAA